AUGUCGUCCGACGAUAACCAUUAUCCUUACAAGGAGAAGCAUGGCUCUUCUCCCACCCCCGCCUACAACCCUGUCCGAGCAGGCGAAGUCUCCGAGAUCAGGCAACGCUUCAGUCACUUCAAUCUCGAGGUUCGCCAGGAAGAAAGCAGCUUUGCCGCCACCAAGAAUGCCUCCAACGCCGAUUUCGACCCCAUGCCCCCCUCUAAGCGUACCUGGGGCUGGGGUGCCUAUGUUGCCUACUGGAUGGCUGACGCUUGGGCUGUCUCCAAUUGGGAGGUCGCUUCUUCCAUGAUUGCUGUCGGCCUUAGCUGGAGAAUGGCCAUCGGUGCUUGUGUUCUUGGUAACACCAUCAUGGGUUUCGUCAUUACCAUUAAUGGUAGGAUGGGUGCUACUCUUCACACUCCAUUCCCCGUUCUCGCGCGCAUGCCUUUCGGUUACUUUUUCAGUUACUUUGUCGUUCUAUCCCGUUGUGUCCUCGCCAUUGUCUGGCUUGGUGUUCAAACUACAACUGGUGGCCAAUGCAUGACCGUCUUGCUCACAGCCAUUUGGCCUAGCUUUGCCAAAAUCCCUAAUCACAUCCCCGCUGAUCAGGGCAUCACCACAGCUGGAAUGUGUGGUUUUAUGCUUUAUUUCCUCCUUCAACUUCCCUUUCUGUGUAUCCCCUACACUAAGGUCCAAUACUUCUUCGCCGUCAAGAGCGUCAUCGCUCCCAUCAUUUUCUUGGGUAUUUUCGGCGACACCUUGCACAAGGCUCGUGGUACCAUUAGCCACAGUACUGUUAUUACUCAGAGCUCCAAGUUGCAGGGUGCAGCUUUGGCUUGGGCUUUCUUUGGCAACCUUAACGGCGUCUUGGGCAACUACGCCACCCUAGGUCUGAACAUUGCCGACUUUUCCAGAUAUUCCAACAAGCCCAGCGCCCAGAACGUCCAAGCUUUCGUCAUCCCUUUUAUCUUCACUAUCGUUGGCCUCCUCGGUAUCUUCACUGCUGCAGCCGCCGAGACGGCGUAUGGUGAUAUUCUUUGGAACCCCAUCGACAUCAUCAACUUGUGGAUGUCAUCUGGAUCUCACUCUGGUCGCGCUGCCGCCGCCUUUGGUGCUAUUGGUCUGAUUAUCGUCACUCUCGGUAUCAACAUCUCAGCCAACUCCAUCAGUGCCGCCAACGAUCUUAUGUCGUUUGCUCCUAGGUACAUCAAUAUUCGCCGUGGUCAACUGAUUGCUGCUGUACUUGGUAGCUGGGGUUUUGUUCCUUGGAAAAUUCUCGCAUCGGCUGAAAAGUUCAUUGCUUUCCUCAACGGUUACACCAUCUUCUUAGGCCCCAUGACGUCCAUUCUCAUUACUGAUUACUUCGUCGUUCGACGCGGAAACGUAUCUGUUCCUGACAUGUACAACUUCCAUGGAAUCUAUCGCUACUCUUUUACGUGGGGAAGCAACUGGCGCGCCGUUGUCGCGUUCUUCAUUGGCUGCAUUCCCCCUCUGCCCGGCUUCAUCGACAACAUUGUGAGAUCCGGCAAUGGCACCACUGGCGUGUCAGUGGAUGGACAACAUCUUUUCAAUAUCGGUUAUGUUUACUCUUUUAUUGCUGCUGGUACCUUCUAUUGGGGUUUCAACAAGAUUUUCCCUCACCACGAGUCUAUUAUGAACCAUCCAGAGACUGGCGAGGAAAUCAUUGCGGCUAAUGAUGCUAAGAACAUGGAGGAAUGUCAAGCCAGACGCGACCGGGCGAAACCAGGUAUCAUUUCUCAGAUGUUCCAGGUAUAA